AUGGAUCUUAAAGAGUGGGAACUUCUCCCUGAUGAUGGAUUUCUCGAAAUCCAUGAUGACGGAGGAAAGAAAAUCUACUCUCGGAAGUAUAGUAGUGUUCUAACUAGUGUUCUUGAGACGAAUUACUUCGUCUGUCCACCUAAAUCUAGUCCACAAUUCGUCGAAACAACAACCAAUCAACUUUUACCAGUUCCAAUUCACUUAGAUCCCAUCAUUAUCAAGCCGUGUGAUCAGGAGAUACCUAAGCAAGUCCCCGCUGAGAUUAAGAUCAUGCCAUCAGUUUCACCGGAGAAGAUCAAACCUUUUAAUACCAGAUCGGCUUCUGAAGCUGAUGAAGACCCGGUUUCCCAAGUUUUCUUCAAGAAAAUGAAGGAGCCUGAAUUUGUCGACAUAAAAGUGGAGUCACCCAAGUCUAGUAGAAGUGGAAUCAUGCCUCAGAUUGAUGGUACAGGCUUUUUUCCGUUUGAAGAAAAUGGAGAGGCUUAUAAAGUGGACGCUUUGGACAGCAAGAGUUGUGCAUCGAAAGUAAAAGGUGAUUCAGCGAUGGAUAUGGAGGAAAAUAAUUGGGGAUUAAAUAUAUGGAAAUGGAGUUUAACUGGAAUUGGUGCUAUUUGCUCCUUUGGAGUUGCGGCCGCCACUGUCUCCAUCAUCAUCUUUGGGAGUCACCAAAAGAGUAAACAGCAGAAUCAGAAGCUUCAGUUUCAAAUCUGUACAAGUGACAAGAGGAUCAAGCAAGUCGUUCACCACGCAAGUAAGCUAAACGAAGCAAUAUCAGCUGUUAGAGGAGUUCCCCUGACUAGUGCACAUGCUACCUUUGGUGGAUACCAUGAGGCUCAUUGA